GGGAGGACACGGACCAGCGGCACCGUUAUCCUACCCUGAGGCGGGAGAGCGCGGCCGGGGACAGCUAGCAGCACGGUCACGUUUCAAAGGAUCAACGACCUCUGCCAAAAUCUCCCUCAUAAAAGAUCUGGAGAUCGAUACUAAGCCAUGCCUUUGGUGAAGAGAAACAUAGAACCCCGGCACCUCUGCCGGGGAACGGUGCCGGAUGGGAUCACCAGUGAACUGGAGUGCGUGACCAAUAAUACCCUUGCUGCCAUCAUCCGACAGCUCAGCAGCCUAAGCAAGCACGCAGAAGACAUAUUUGGCGAGUUGUUUAAUGAGGCGAAUACUUUCUACAUCAGAGCAAAUUCUCUUCAAGACAGAAUCGAUCGGCUCGCUGUCAAAGUCACCCAGCUGGAUUCAACGGUGGAAGAGGUUUCCCUUCAAGAUAUUAACAUGCGAAAAGCUUUCAAGAGUUCAACCAUCCAAGACCAGCAAGUGGUCUCAAGAAACAGCAUUCCCCACCCGAUCACUGACCUCUACAACACCUGCGACAGGCCGCCCCCACUUAAUAUACUCUCCCCUUACAGGGAUGACAGAAAGGAUGGCUUGAAGUUUUACACAGAUCCUUCCUAUUUCUUUGACCUUUGGAAGGAGAAGAUGCUGCAAGACACGGAGGAUAAAAGAAAAGAGAAAAGGAGGCAGAAGGAACAAAAGCGCGUGGAUGGCACAACUCGUGAAGUGAAAAAAGUCAGGAAAGCCAGGAACAGACGUCAGGAGUGGAACAUAAUGGCCUAUGACAAAGAGCUGCGGCCUGACAACAGGCUGUCUCCAAAUGUAUACCAAGCAGCGUCUUCUGAGGGAUCCAUGUCCCCGGACACUAGGUCUCAUGUAUCCGAUUUGACUGAAUACUCCUAUCCUGCAACCCCAAAUCACUCCAUGCAUCAACAUUCCGUGACCCCAACUUAUGUUGGAUCAGGAGAAUCACUGCAUCAUAUAGGCACCAAUCAAUUCCAUGAGCACGAUUACAGAUCCUCAACUGGCACUUUAAGACAUGGGACGUUGAGUAGACCACAACAGCCGCCGCCACCACCACCAUCAACUAUGGAUGGACCGCAUCCACCGCCCCUAACUUCUGCUGAACGGGUUCUGCCAGCACAGAUGAUGGAAUAUUAUUCCACUGGAUCACCACCUCCUCCUCCACCAGUCAUUCCUUCAGCUCAAACUGCUUUUGUUAGUCCACUUCAGCACCCAGUCCCUGGAUCCCCUGGAGGGCAGUUGUCUGGAUUGCCAUAUGCACCUUCUCCACCUCCGGGUGGAAUCAUCAUCUCUGCUUCAAGUGGGCCUCCUCCACCACCACCAGGACCACCUUCAUCAGUUCUGUCUCUCUCUUCAUCUCCAAUGCACUUUGCCAAAGUGUUAGAAGCAAAACGUCACGAUGGUGCACAUCUCCUUGGCCUGACAAGUGACGCUCGUAGUGAUCUCCUCUCUGCUAUCAGGAUGGGAAUCCGGCUGAAAAAAGUACAAGAACAGCGUGAACAGGAAGCCAAACGAGAACCAGUUGGGAAUGAUGUUGCGACAAUCCUGUCCAGGCGCAUUGCGGUGGAGUACAGCGACUCUGAGGACGAUUCAGAGUUUGAUGAAAAUGACUGGUCUGACUGA